AUGACAGGCACGAAAUUGAAGUACCAACUGCAUGUUCAAAAGCUACAUGCUCGUUGCGGUGAUUUCGUCCGAACAGGGCCACGCGAGCUGACCAUUUUCCGCGCCUCCGCCAUCGAACUCAUCUAUGGCUCCUCGUCCAGGUGCACCAAGGGCGCCUGGUACGAUCAGAACUCCGGCGAUCCCGACAAGGUUGGAAUCGAGAAUCUUCGCGAUGCAGCGAAGCAUCGGCUACGACGGAAAGCGUGGGACAAAGGACUGGGUCUUCGAGCGCUGGACAAGUAUGAGGCUCGAGUGACUGCGAAAGUCAACCAAUUGAUGGCUGGGAUUGGCACCGGCAUACCGGUGAAUAUCACCCAACACAGCACCUUCUAUGCUUGGGACGUGAUGGGAGAGAUCGCCUUCUCGAAAGACUUCGGCAUGACGGGGCUCGAGCACCCUGCAGUCGAUGGGCUGCACUGGGCCAUGACCACAGCUGGGGUUGUCACGACUCUCCCGUGGCUGAUGAAUAUGCUGCGUGUUAUUCCAGGGGCCACCGGUCGGUUCGAACGCUUUGCCGGCUGGUGCUCGGAGCCAGCUGAAUACUAA